GGGGGGGCGUCAGUGCAGAUCCAGCAGUGAUGGAGGAAGAUACAGGAGUUCUCUCAUGAUGUUUUAAACCGGACGCAGACUUUAUUUUCCUUCAGGAUCAAACAGUCAGGCCUCUGACCUUCAGGUGACUCUAAGUCCAGGUGACCCAUUGAGAGUGAGCCCCUCCUUAAAGAGAAGCAGAGACAGACUCCAGAACCCUGAGAACCUGAAUAGGAAGUGGAUGGAAACCUGACUCUGUCAGUGAAGGGUUAACCCCCCCACCGCCGCCCCGCCUCGCGGCGCUCGGGCUGGAACCUGUUUGGGAACGUGUCUGUUUCAACACAUGAAGGAAGAUCUGUCUGAGGGAGUCUGCCAUCCUCUGAGCUCAGGGUCAUGUUCUCCUCCGGACGCUUCUGCAGGUCAGCCGUGAUCCACAGCCGAAGGUUCCGGCUUUGUGUGAGAAGUCCCAUCUGGUCCUCCUGCUUUGUCUCCCACUACAGCGACCUGGUCAGAGAUGGGAUUGUUCGCCACAGCUUUGGGCGGCCCGUCCUGUCUCUGCGGCUCCCUGCAGGUCACGAGGGCCGCUUCACUCUGACACCGAUGCUGACCACAGUGGACGACCUGCUCAAGGACAUCCGCGCCAAAGACCCUGGGAUUCACACAGCUGCACUGCUCAGUGACGAUGGUCAGAGAAUCUCCCUCUGCACGUCCAUGGAAACGGUUCUCAACAAGGACUUCCAGCUGGUCCUCAAUGACACCAUCUACAACAUCCGCUCACUUGGAAGAGGCAUGUCUCGUGAACACAUUCUGGGUCUGGAUGACAUGAAGUACCUGGUCCACCUUCUUCACACGGCCUUGACUCUUCCUCAGCAGCUGCACAUCCAACACUCACAGCUGCUGGUCAAGCAGGAACAGCUCCGGCAGCAGCUGGAACCUCUGGAGAAGGUAAGAGUCCAGAUAGCAGAGAAGGCAGAGGUGAGAGCCUCCAUGUUGGGGUGGAUGGGCCUGGCCUACCUGUCCCUGCAGGGGGGGUUCCUGGGAUACCUCACCUGGUAUGUGUUUGCCUGGGACGUGAUGGAACCCGUCACCUUUUUCAUUUCCUGCACGACAAGCAUGAUCUUCUUUGCGUACUACAUCCUCACCAAGCAGGACAUCAUCUUUCCAGACAUCAGAGACCGCCACUUCCUGUUCUACUUCCACAAGAAAGCUGCACUCCAGAAGUUUGAUGUUCUAAAGUACAACAUGUUGAAGGACGAGCUGGCAAAGGUGGAGACGGAUCUCAGGAGGCUCCGGAGGGCCAUCCAGCUGCAGCUGCCAGUGGACCAGAUCCAGAAGGACAGGAACUGAGAGUUUUACCUCCACGACGUCCAACAUCACGUCUGCACUUUUUAAGUCUGUCUCCUGGUUGGUCUGCCUCGGUUCAAAAACCACGAAAAAACUUUUAUCGAAGUUUCUCUCUGAUUUUAGCACAAACACUCUUAUCUAUUCGUAUUCAAAUGUAAAAGUUGACAUAAAAUGUGUAAAUUAACAUAAUAAACAAUAUUAAACUAUAACAAAA